AUGUCGUCUCUCAGACCUGAAUCUGCGGCAGCUAUGACAGCUCACCGCCGAGAAGCCGUACGUUUGGCAAAAGUUCAAGAAAAAGCGAUUAUCGAUAAAAGUAUCCGCACUGGACAGCAGCCACCGGGCUAUGCCUUCGACGAGUUGAUUGGCAAAGGUAGCUUCGGUCGGGUCUACAAGGGUAGACAAGGUGCAACUGGUAAGGUCGUCGCUAUAAAAGUGCUUGAUAUUGAUGAAGCCGACUUUCAGGCUUUUGGCGAUAUGCGAGACGAGCAAAUUCGAGACUUCAACAAAGAAAUCGCAAUCUUACGACGGGCGCAAGAAAGCGGUGCAGUGAAUCUGAAUCAGAUGAUCGAAGCGUUGCCCGUGCACAGCCAGUUGUGGUUGGUUUGUGAAUAUUGCCCUGGUGGCAGUGUAAAAACACUUAUGCGCGCGACAAAAGAUAGGCUCGAGGAAAAAUACUUGAUUGUGGUCGCACGGGAAUUAGCAAAAGCCUUGAAGGGGUUGCAUCAAGCUGGCAUCAUGCAUCGCGAUGUCAAAGCUGCAAAUGUACUUAUCCAUGAAAGUGGUGGUUUAGAACUCUGUGACUUUGGUAUCGCGGCAGCCAUCGAGGGUCAAACAGACAAAAGGCGUACCUUUGUGGGUACGCUGCAUUGGAUGCCACCGGAACUAUGGGCCGACAAGCCUGAAUACAACGAUGAGGUAGAUGUCUGGGGUUAUGGCUGUACUCUAUAUGAAUGCGCUACAGGCACACCACCAAACAGUGACGUCCGAGAACGGCAGCAACUCAAAGUUCGGAUGAGAAGGUUGAAGCAGUCGAUCGAGCUGCCCAACAAAGAAGGUCUGGACUUCAGCGACGGGCUCAAGUCUCUUACGAAAUUCGCAUUGAACCCAGAUGCAGCCUCGCGACCAUCUAUGCACGAUAUUUUACAGCAUGAAUACCUUGCUGACACUGAAGAGAAAUAUCCGACUAAGUGUUUAACAGAAUUGGUGCAGCAAUAUUAUGCCUGGCUAUUUGGAGGUGGACAGAGAAUGUCACUCUUUAUGCCUGGGGGCGCAGUCGCCGCAUCGGAGAUGCAGGAUGAUCUAGGUAACACGAUGACAGAGGAAUGGAAUUUUAGCAUGACACAAGAGUUUGAGAAAAGAGUUUCGACAAUUUUAGAGAUACCAGACUUGUCGAGCCUAGCUCAAUUCGAGCUGGGGGAGGAAGAGAUAACGCCAAGAGCUGCGCCAGGCACUGCAGGCCUCCUAUCACCCUGGACACCAGUGACUGCGACUGAGCGAGCCAAUUUUGAACUACGAGUGCAGCGUGGUGAAGGAUUAGCCAGCUUGUUUAGUCCCGAAGGACCAGCUUAUGAAUACAAGCAGAAGCGAGAUUUCAUACCAAUACGAGAACCAGCUAAUCGUACGUCAGAUCUACCUUUUAGAGCAAUGGCAGAUGACAGACCCACCUCGAUAGCAUCGAUCUCGAUCGAUCUUGGCGACUUUGAUGAAGAGGACUAUGCGGUUGCUGCUCCUCGCACGGGUGAUGGCAGCAUACAGACGACCUUCGCAGCUGCUACACCUCACAAGGAGGAGCCAGCAUUUAUCCUUCCAGAUGCAGCCACGAUCCGUGCUAGGCGUGCGGACUCGAAAGGACCAAAGGAGGAUACUAGACAAGAUCUGACAGCGAAACGUUCUUCUUCAGCAGAUGAAGUGACGGAUCCUACAGCACAAGACUGGACAAGCAAACGCGACUCAAGUACUCCUCAAGUACAGGAGCCUGCCGAAACCACACCCACAAUGCAAACGAGUCGGCCACAGGAACGGAAUACAAUGGGCUGGAGUUUUGCAGCAGCAAUGAGCGAGGUCGCCGAACCACCCUUACCAUCCGACGAGCCUUCAACGGCAUCAGAGGACGAGGAACUCUUUCAUGACAGUCCUAGAAAACAGGACAAGGCGAGGAAGCAUGCAACGAUGGAGUGGUCCUUUACAUCAGCCAUGGCCGAGGCUGGAGAUGGAACAGACGAGGACGACGAAAGUCAAAGAACUCCAGGGAGACACGCGCGGCCAACACCUUUACUCCGUACUCACACGAUGCCAGUCACGACCAUGGAAGUACAGGACGUAUAUGAAGAUUAUUCACGACCUAGCACAUCCCUCUCCAUGGCAUACUCCGAAAGCUCAAUGAGCUCUACUGACUUCGAUCCCUUCUCAUUAGACAAGAGACUGCCAUAUGAAGAAGAUGGACCUGGCGAUGCUGAGUUCGACGAUCCUGGCCUCAGCGAUUUCUAUGCUUCCCGAGGACGAACGAUGGUACCGUCAGAUAUGUCAAGUCCCGGGCCGGAUAUUGGCAUGACUAUUACACCACAUAUGAACGGACAUACAGCCUAUCAAGCAGGUAGUCCAGCAAGAAUGAGCGAGAACGGAUUUCCAGGACCUGUUGUUAAUGGAUCUUCGAGCACUGUCACGACUCCUGUUUCUGCACGGCGGUCGCCUAGAGGUCCAUCAUCACCACGACACCUAGGUCAUAUUAGAGGUAAUGGCAGUGGCGCAAGUCGAGGGUCGGAGAGUUCAACUGGUAGCACCAGGACUACUCACAAUCUGUCGACGAGCGUAAGUACGAGCCAAGGUUCUGGAAGCAGUGGAACAGGUCUUAACGGGUAUUCCACGUCUCGUGCUUUCCACCUACCUACACCAGCACCGCCCAGUAUUUCCGCUAUGUCUGGCGACGCAAGUCCCAAUACAAUACAGCGGGAGCUUGACCGUCUGCUGGACGAAUUUCAGGAUGCUCUUGGCUUAGCAGCGGAUAUCAUCAGUGAGGCUGGAAGAGGAAGGGCAAGGAGACGCAAAAUGCCUGAGAGUGGCAGUGAGUGGGAGGAUGAUGAUUGA